AUGCCGCCACUUUCGUGGCCUCUCGUGCCACCCUGGGAAUACAUGCUACGCGAGAUUAUCCUCAAAUCGGUCAGCCCGUCACCACUGGAUACCAAUGCACCCUACAAGCGUCCGUUGGAUGCUACUUACUACGGCGGGCCGGUCGCUGCUUACUCGGACGACGACAAGAAUGUCAUUCUAUCGCGUGGAAACGUUUAUCAUUUGCUGAAUGGCCACUGGAUACUAUGUCAGGACGGAUGCGUCGACUGCGAGCCAUGCGCAGUUCAGAGGAAUCCCAUAUUCACGUGGAUUCUGCGGAGGAUCAAGCAACCGCCAAAUUCCAUCCCGACGCGACAUGAUCUCCAGUUGACGAUAAUGCCGCAAACGAGCAAUCACUUCCACGCUAGUAAUUUCUGGGCGAAUUACUACGUUUACGUGACACCACAGGAGGUACCUACGUCAAUCUCGACGAUUAGAACGCAGCACGACAGUGACCCGAAAAAUCCCUCGCCUGGUCUUGAAAACAGUUUUCCCGAGCACCAUCAUCGAUCGAUGAAUUCCUGGCGGUUAACAGAACGAGACGACUCGAGCGCCAAUCGGGACAGGGUACCACAAGAGGAUAACCACGCCGUUCAGGAGUCUGUGAACAUUGAGAAGAUCGAGAAAGAGGAAUCAUCCGAGCGGAAGCACGGACUCGAGAAUAUGAGACCUCGACAUCGACCUCGGCCGAGACCCGUGGAAAAACUAGCGGAAGAAGUGAAUCAAUUGGCACCGAGAUUGAUCCUAGGAACCGAUCAAAAAGGUCAAAAGCAUUUGGUUCACGUGGUACCAGCGAAUUAUCCGACGACUACUGCGCUUUCUGCAAUUUCUUUUUCUUCAGAUCAACCAAUAUCGUCACAGUUCGUGGAGAAUCAAAAGACAUACUCAAAUAAUACGAUGUCUGAGGACGAGAGUCAAACUUAUCAUCAAAUAUUUCGCAGAGUUUUUGAUUCCUUAAACACGCACAGAGAAUCAAUCAAAAAUUUUCUCGAGUCAUCGACGGAUAACGUAGAUGGGCAUCAAUCAUCUCCCUCGAUAGAUAAUAUGGAAGCCGCUGGAUUUUCUUGGAAUAAUCACGAUGUAAAUUACAAAAAUACUAAUUUUGAUUCUCACGACGCUUUAUUGUCGCCUUUUUAUGCAGGAAAUGAAAAUAAAACUAGGAAGUAUCAGCGAUAUAGAAACAGAUAUGAUAACAAACAUAUUAAACAAAACAAUGAUUAUUACAUGACAUCUCCAGAUAUGAAUCAAGUUAAAAUAUCGCGUAGCCAGUCACAAACGGGUUUUAAUUUUGACAUUGAUAGACAACGGCGAAGAGUCCGUAUCAAACCAUACUUUGUUAAUAGUAAAAAUAUUUCAAGAAUAAAUUCAUCGGUAUCGUUACAAAGUUUGAACAAUUAUUUGGUAAAUACUACUCAGGAAUCUGGUUUUAGUAAUGGCUUUGCUAUCGAUUCCGCAAAACAAAUUGAUCUUAAUGACACAUUUGUUGAGAAAGCAAAUGACAAUUCUGUAGAAUCGAGUUUGAUAACAAAACAGGAGAACGGACAAUUGUUCGGCUUAGAAAGGCCGGGAAAUGGCGAUGUUAAUCGAGAAUUCAAGGUUUCGCACGAUGCUUUCAAGGUAAUUACUACCAAGUCGCCGGUAAUUCGAAGCGAAACUUUAAAUCGCACUACAAUAUUAUAA